AUGGCCGACUCAUGCGAUCCCUUAAAAUGCCGGCUGUGCUUCGAAAAGCAAUUUCAGCUGUUACCCAUGUUUCCAGCGAAUGAACCCGUCAACGAUGAUUUGCUGAGAAAAAUACAAGAAUGUGCUUCAGUGAGCAUUGUGUACGAACACGAUCAAAACUCGCUCAUCUGCAUCAAGUGCAUCGUUGAUGUGGAGCAGUUCUAUAGCUUCAAGGAACGAUGCAAGAAAAAUGAUUUGUUUCUACAGCAAAUGCGUCAUGGUUGGGAAGACAAACUCACUACGGAUGAAGAAGAGUUAGAAGAGGGCAUGUUGCCAGACACGGAGUUCUUAGAACCGUUGACCAAUUUGAUCAGCCCGCAGUUGUCUGCGACAUCUAUCGAUUCUUUUAUGGGGCAGUCGAAGCUUAUUCGAAUGGGAUAUAACUACCGUAUUGUACGGGUAAACGAAGAGACGGAUGUACUUAUCUAUCAUAAACACAGGUUUUAUCAGCAAACAAAGAGCUCAGAAAAUCUUCAGUGGGUUUGUGUAGCAAAAGGAUCCCUCGACUGUCCCGCCAAACUCACCAUCUCUUCCUCGGUACAGUUUCCAUUAGCUUUGUUUACUAAGCCAAUAGUUCACAACCACUCCGACGCAUUAGUACAGGCCAUAGGAACUACGGAUCAAUGCGAUGAAGCUUUGGUGAAAAUUCUUCCCAAGUAUACGCUUGCACAUGACAGUCACCGACGAUUGCGACUCCUGGCUGGUGGAUACCGGUAUCGACUGAAACGAGCACUAGCUGCUGGUGGAACAAGUUUAUGGGCGUGCGUUCGAUCUGAAUGUUCCGCCCAAGUGAGUCUAUCGUACGAAAACGAACAAGCACUUCUUGAAGUUGGUGAUUCGCAUUGUCACUGUGAAGAGAAAAAAUCAUCCGUCUCGCAAUUGGAAAACAGUACCUUAAUGGCCGAAGUGAGGGCACCAUUGGUAACUAGUGAGCACGGCUACAAUUUUUAUGUAUCUGCGGGUUGCAUGGAAUACCGCGGCCAUUUUUACAAACGUGAAAAUCAUACCAAUACAAUGGCCCCCAUUUGGCAUUGCACGGCUACUAAUUGCACUGCCAGCGUACGAGUGCGCCAAAAACAUGCCAAAUUAACCAAUAGUAAGCAUAACCACCCACGGACAAAGUCUCAAAGCGAUUUCACGGUACGUAUCCUACAUCAGGGAGUCAACUAUCGUCUGCUAGCUAAGCCUCAUGGAAACGUUAGAUUAUCCCAUCGAAAGCAAACGUAUACCUUUCAAAAAGCACAUGGACACGGCGUCACAGAAUGGUCCUGCAUCUGGAAGCGAUUGGGAUGUAAAGCUUCAUUAAAAAUGCUCCGCGACGAACAAAUCGUUUACCAAUCGUUAACAUCAUCAGAUAACGUCGUCCCGCACGAGCAUCGCGUUCGAAAUGCUUUGGAACAAUAUUUUCUCCCGGCAGCACUGAGUGAACCAUGCGUCGAAACAAAUGUAUGGUCCUCACCAGCCUACGAUCUAUUGUGGAACAAGAGUAGUAAACCAAUCAUUCGUCGUGAAAACGAUCGCUAUUAUGCACGAAAAGCAUUCAUCAACGGUACGGUUGAGUGGCACUGUGUUCGAGGAAUUGGCACCCAUUGCGAAGCAUCGUUUACUACUAGUAAAGCUGGAGACAUAACUGAUGAAAGCUUAGCACACGAUCAUCAGCAACCACGGAAGCGAAAAGGAAAACAAUCCAAUCUUUCAUUAGGCGCGGCUAGCAAUAGGAUUACUUCCCACGACAUUUUCACAAGCCCUGGGCCGGUAUUACUUCUUUCCGGCGGUUUCAACUAUCGCCGGAUGCAGAACGUCCAUCUGAAAGUGGAGAUCAUAGUGCAUCUCUCGCACAAGUAUUUGCCAGACAGUGUGGAACCGUCUGCCUACCGGUGUAUCAUGCGCGACGAGCCAAACAGCUGUCCCGGGAAAAUCAUACUAACUCACAACGCUCUCUGCGCCGAGCUGACGGUUGCCCACAACCAUAUACCACGGUCGGUUCCGAAAAUAGUGGAGCCGGAUCGUUCAUCUAAACUUAUCAUAGAUGGUCCCAACUACAAGCUUAUUUUCUCGAUGACGGGCCGUAAUUGUUUGUUACUCCAUGAAGGGCAUGCCUUCCGCAUGUAUAAGCUGCUUGCAUCAAGCCAAAGCUCACGGUGGCGAUGCAUCCAGGAGAAGUACGGUUGCAAGAUGUACCUAAGCGUGCCGCUAACACUCACCCAACCCGCUGUUCCGGAUGAUCAACCGCACGACCAUUCGAGGGUUCGAGACGAUACACGCACAGUGCACAUUAAAGAAGAGCUUUUGGAUCCAGAAGACGAACAAGAGGUCUGGCGCAAUAGAGGUAAAGAAAGCACGACCCAAGCAUCGCUGAGGCCGAAGCGGCAAAUCAAAACCGAGCGGGAAUCGUUAGCCAGAGCUGACAUGAAAGUCCAGCAAUUAUUCAUUAAUCCCACCUCAUCAGACGAUCAGCUUCCAUCGCAAGAUGGUGCAAUGAUGUCCUUGCACGAAUUCACAGGAGUACGUGGCACCAUGAUAAAGCGGGAGGCUCUUAGCAACACUGACACAGAUAGUAUGACCUGCUUCCUUAAUGGGCACCUGUACGUGCGUCAGUUCGAGGGUUUCGGCGAAUUAGAUACGCUUGCUUGGAUCUGUGCGUUCCACUGGACGCUGGGCUGCGUGGCGCAACUAAAAGACACCUCGAUCCACGACCAUGAGCGUUUCGCAUCCGUGCGCACGAAUGACCGCUUUAGCAUGCUGAAAACGUUGAUUACUCGCGGUUUCAUUGGCCAGCGGGGUGCGAUGAUGCUGUUACCCGAGCGCAAGAGGGUGUCCGAGUAUGAACUACUGCCCAGCAACGGAAAUCUUUCGUUAAUCAUCGACGAAAAUCGAUACUAUUUCUAUAAGGCUAAAAACAACGGCGAAUGGUUGUGGCGUUGCGUACGGCAUCGUUGGCAAGGCUGCAAGAUCGGGGUGGCCGUUUCGCAUUGUUUCGGCAAAUACUAUUUCCAACCGUACGGCAAAACCGAACACGAACAUUCCUAGGUACGGAAAUAUUAAUCGCUUUUGUAUCGAUCGCGAUACGCGUAGUAAAUUAUAUCCAAAAUGUCUUUGUAGGUUUGCAUAACUGUCUAAGCUAGCAAAACGUGUGUCGCAAAAUAAAUGAUCAAU